GCCAGUCGGGACGGAGGAGACAAGAUGGCGCUGCGGGCGAUGCGGGGAAUCGUGAACGGGGCCGCACCCGAGCUACCCAUGCCCACCAGCGGGCCGGUGGUGGGAUCUCGGGAGCAAGCGCUGGCAGUUAGCCGGAACUACCUUUCCCAGCCUCGCCUCACGUACAAGACAGUAUCAGGAGUCAAUGGUCCACUAGUGAUCUUAGAUCAUGUUAAGUUUCCCAGAUACGCUGAGAUUGUCCACUUGACAUUACCGGAUGGCACGAAGAGAAGUGGGCAAGUUCUAGAAGUUAGUGGUUCCAAAGCAGUGGUUCAGGUAUUUGAAGGGACUUCAGGUAUAGAUGCCAAAAAAACAUCUUGUGAGUUUACUGGGGAUAUUCUCCGAACACCAGUGUCCGAGGAUAUGCUUGGUAGGGUAUUCAAUGGAUCAGGAAAACCUAUCGAUAGAGGUCCUGUUGUACUGGCUGAAGACUUCCUUGACAUCAUGGGCCAGCCUAUCAAUCCUCAGUGUCGAAUCUACCCAGAGGAGAUUCAAACUGGCAUUUCAGCCAUAGAUGGCAUGAACAGUAUUGCUAGGGGGCAGAAAAUUCCAAUCUUCUCUGCUGCCGGCUUACCACACAAUGAGGUGAGAACUAGGAUCUAUUGCAGCUCAAUCUGUCGCCAGGCUGGUUUGGUAAAGAAAUCCAAAGAUGUAGUGGACUACAGUGAGGAAAAUUUUGCAAUUGUAUUUGCUGCUAUGGGUGUAAACAUGGAAACUGCACGGUUCUUCAAAUCUGACUUUGAAGAAAAUGGCUCAAUGGACAAUGUCUGCCUCUUUUUGAACUUGGCUAAUGACCCAACUAUUGAGCGAAUUAUCACUCCUCGCUUGGCUCUAACCACAGCCGAAUUUCUGGCCUAUCAAUGUGAAAAACAUGUAUUGGUUAUCCUAACAGAUAUGAGUUCUUAUGCUGAAGCACUUCGAGAGGUUUCAGCAGCCAGGGAAGAGGUUCCUGGUCGAAGAGGUUUCCCAGGUUACAUGUACACCGAUUUAGCCACAAUAUAUGAACGUGCUGGUCGAGUGGAAGGUAGAAAUGGCUCCAUUACUCAAAUCCCUAUUCUCACCAUGCCUAAUGAUGAUAUCACUCACCCCAUCCCUGACUUGACUGGAUAUAUUACAGAGGGACAGAUCUAUGUGGACAGACAGCUGCACAAUAGACAGAUUUACCCGCCUAUUAAUGUGCUGCCCUCUUUAUCACGGUUAAUGAAGUCUGCUAUUGGAGAAGGUAUGACCAGAAAGGAUCAUGCUGAUGUAUCUAACCAGCUGUAUGCAUGUUAUGCUAUUGGUAAGGAUGUACAAGCCAUGAAAGCCGUAGUUGGAGAAGAAGCCCUUACCUCAGAUGAUCUUCUUUACUUGGAAUUUCUGCAGAAGUUUGAGAAGAACUUUAUUGCUCAGGGACCUUAUGAAAACCGCACUGUCUAUGAGACUUUGGACAUUGGCUGGCAACUGCUCCGAAUCUUCCCCAAAGAAAUGCUGAAGAGAAUCCCUCAGAGCACCCUGAGUGAAUUUUAUCCUCGAGACUCUGCAAAGCAUUAGCUGCUACUUUAUCGCUGGCUCGAUACACUUGUGAAAUAGUGUUCUGUUUUCUUUAUUCCUUUUGCACUCCCUAAUCCCCCAUCUCUGUGUUGGAGUUUGCCUUGUUACCCUGUAAUUAAAAACAAAGAAUAGGUAACAUGCUGUGCCAGUGUUGCAAUGUUUUAAACUUCUAACAGACUUUAAAAUAUCCCCUGUUGAGAAAACCCAGGUCAUCAGUGCUCUUUUUAAAGUAGCUUCAGGGAUGGAGGUGAAUUUUUCUUACUGAUGUGUGUUUGUACAUAGUGGUACAGUUAGUUGCCUAAUAAUGUCUUCAUUAUUUGGGUCUCCUCUACUUUAUCUCUCA